UUGACAAUAAUCCUUUCAUUGAGAUGAAGGUGGUGGACUAUACCAAUAACCGGACCAUCAUCUCACGACACCCAAAGAUGACAGCCAUCAACUCUUGUAUUGAAGUGGAUCUUACAGGACAGGUUGUGUCAGAUUCUAUUGGAACCCGGAUGUUCUCUGGUUUUGGAGGUCAAGUAGAUUUUAUAAGGGGAGCUGCUGAAGGUUUUGAUGGCAAAGGCAAACCCAUCAUUGCUUUGCAGUCCAUUAACCCCAAAACAAAAGAUACCAAGAUUGUGCCCAUUAUUAAACCUGGUGCGGGAGUAGUCACAACAAGGGGUCAUGUCCACUAUGUAGUGACAGAAUUCGGAAUCGCUCAGUUGUUUGGCAAGACUCUUCGUCAGCGAGCGUAUGCACUCAUACAGAUUGCUCACCCUGACCACCGCCAGGCUCUGGAGAAGGCUGCUUUUGAGCGACUCAAGGUUAUGCCAAGCCCUUGAACAGCUUAAACUCGUCACUCCCUCACAGAUCUUAUGCGCUUGCUCAGAGUUGCCACUAUUCCAACUGUUACGCAAAAUUCUUUAACACUACACUAUUUUUCAGAAUGCAAUAAAUUAGUUACUUCAUGUGUUUUCUCAUAUAUUCUUUUUUUAUACAAUUAUGGAAAUAUUUUUUUGUGACAAAUCAGUACAAAAACUUUAGAAAAAAUAUUAGUAUAAAAUAUUAUGUUUCUUUGUGGCAUACUUUAGAAGUAAAGUCUAUAAAGAUUCAAAGGUAUCAAUAGUUGCUAUUUAAGUGCUAUUUAGGGCAACUGUAGCAUAUAAACUCACGUGUACCACAUUAAAUCGAAGAUGCUUCCAGCCUACAGCUGUAUUUCUUUACAACCACGCUAGAUACAAUCAAAACCAACUGAUCAAAGUGACUUGAAAAUAGUUAAUUUAUUUUAGUUGAGUCAGUUUGUUACAUGGAUGAUCAGCUAGUUAUUAUUAUAGUGUGUAGACUGAUAAAUUUCACCCUGUAAUAAUUAUAUUGUAGACCUUACUGAUAUAAAUGGAUUGGUAAGAUAGUUGGAGAGUGAUUCCUGUCAGCAAUGAAGCAAUUUGUUAAUCUUAAGUUAUAAUAUUGUACUAUGUAAAAUACAAUUUUUUAUAAAUCUG